CACUUUUCCACGUCACUUGAGGAAUCUUUAAAGUGUCCGUCGCCGGUAUUAAAUGUCUCAGUGCUGGGCAGCCAGAAGCAUGAACGGCAUGAAGACGCAGUCGCCGACAGCGACGAUGGCGAAUAACGACAACGAUCCCUUGCCCCUCGGAUGGGAAGUCAAAAUUGACCCCCAGACAGGCUGGCCCUUUUUCGUGGAUCACAACAACCGCACAACAACCUGGAAUGACCCGAGACACGACACGAAAAAGGUUAGGGAAGUAUCCACAAAUGGACCCAGCACAUCACCAGAACCAAGCCCUCAGGAAACGCAGAAGACCUUUGUGAAAGAGAUAAAGCACCCCAUCCUUCGGCCAGGUUAUGUCCCCAUCCCAGUCUUCCACGAGGGUGCAGAUCUGAAACAGCAACAGCACCCGUGCUAUUCGUACAUUCAGCCAAGCACUGCACAGAAUAUCAGGACAGAGGGACGGAUACCUUCGCCGACACCAGGAUUUCAUUGUAGGCCAAGGUCACCUCUACAUGGAUCUGGUGACACCUGCUCCACAGGGCCGGGGAAAGCCAGCUCACCUGUAUCUCAAACAGCAGAGAUUUAUACUGGCCCGCAUAACCAACUCCCGCGGACCAGCAGCAGCAGUCUUCAAGCAGGUUACAUCCCAAUCCCAGUGAUCCAUGAGAGCGCAGGAGGCCAAACCCAAGCACAGCCUCAGUUCAAUCCAUCCGUCCACUGUCAACGCGUCCCCUAUUCCGAGCAUCAGCAACCCUUCCACCGCCUUCAGCAGGACCAAUGGCCCGGCUAUUCUGCAGCAAUGCAGCCUCCUCGAGAAAGGGCUUCUCCCGUCUUGUAUCCUCAGCACCGCGAUACUGCUGCUAUUCACCUACCGCAUAAUAUCAGAAGUCAGUCACCUAUUGUAACACAGGUGCUGGGCGAAAGGCCGCAGCAGAACGUCAUGAGAGAGCCACCCCAGAAAGUGGAGCAGGAACAAAUGAGCCCUCUACAAAAAACGGAGAAUAUCCAGGUUCCUCAACCUUUGCGCACAGACGCUGAUAGCCAACAGCCUCAUUCUCAACAGCCUCCACCUCAGCAACGUCAACACUUCCAACAGCCUCAGCCACAUCAACCCUUCCAACAACCACCGCCUCAGCAACAACAGCAGUUCGAGCAGGCACCGCCUCAGGCAUCUCCGCAGUCCGAGCAAUUACCACAACACUUCCCGCAGCCCCAUCAAGCGGAGCAAAGCGCUGCCGAUGUCACUGAGCAAAUGCCAUCAGAAACAGAAGCACAUGACGAGGAGGCUGUUGCCGCAGAAGUCCCGCCUGUCAAGAUGGAGGCCGAACAACCGCCCCAGUGUCCUGUCCACCCAGGUUUGGCUAAAGUACAGAAGAUAGUUGAGCGGGUCGCUAAACUGGAAGCGGAGGUGAAAAGCUUUGAAGGGAAAAAAAAUGAUAAGAAGUACUUGUUGCUGGAGGAACUGCUGACCAAAGAGCUCUUAGCGCUAGACUCAGUUGAUCCAGAAGGUCGCGCCGAUGUACGGCAAGCGAGAAGGGAUGGAGUCCGUCGCGUUCAGACCAUACUGGAGGAACUGGAGCAACUGGAGGAGCCGUCCACAACGCCUGCCUGCGAGGCCUCGGCGGAGGGAGGCAGCCCGACACAGAAAGGAGAGCCCAGCAUGAUCACCAAGGAGAAUGUUGAGAGGGCAAAGGAGAUAUCCUAACAAGAAGCUGCAAGUGUUUAUUUGAUGGUGAACAAGAUUACACCCUGCACUGUUUUUUUGUGAAAAUUGCAUGCAUUCAUUAACAGUGUUGGUAUUUUAUUUUAUUUUUUGGCAUUCACCACAUCAUUGAUGGGCGCUUUGUGUUGUCAUGCUUUUCGAGAUGACAUUGUUGCCUUCUGUGUUGUGCCAGUGUCUUCAUAGCAAGACACCUGUCAAGAGCAAGGUCAUGAAGUUUGAGUCAAAUUCAAGUUUGAUGAUGAGGCCUUUAUCAUACGAUCAAGAAAACAAAUAUUUUCUGAAUGUUAUGUGUAGAUCUUUUGUCUUUACUCAACAUUGUAUGGAGCUUUACUCGAUCCAGUCGGCACAUUUGUUUGUAUACAGUGCAUGAAGAGUGCAAACAUUUGGGGCUUUGGAGCUGAAAUCGCUGCAAAAAGCGGUCAACAAAAGCAUUUCCCCUUUAUUACAAUGUUGGAGCUGUUUUGUGGCAAAAACAGAAUGAAUUUGUCAUUUAGGAUGCUGCUUUUUGGGUCAUGAGUCAUUUUGUCAUCUUUGCACCUCAUGGAAAUGUAUCACAGUGAAUGAUCAGUAUCAUUUUUGAAAUAUGUGUUUCACCACUUUUGAUGUGUUUUGAGUGUUUGUAUCGACAUCGGUGAAUGUGUACUUUCAAUGCAAUAUAUCGAGUAUUUAUAUUUCAUGAUAUAGUAUUUUACGAAAUGUAUGACUGCGUAAAGACAAAUGGACCUGUGAUGUGAGACAAUCAGCACUUGGUGCUAAUAAGGAAUCAAGAGUUUUAGAUUAUUAGAACGGUCUUUGCAGAAACACCAAAGCCACAAUCUGUAAUAUCACAGACAAAAAAAUGCCUUAUCAGUGCGAUACGACACCAAGCUAUUGGACUUAAAAAGUGUCAAAAUCUAUUUUAUGAUUAGCCUCGCACAAUUUGUGUAAAGAUUUGUCACCAUAGUAAGCCCUCUGUAAUGCCUUAUAACCCUCACAAAUUAUGGAUUGUGGCUUAGUAUAUCGAUCACAGGUGACGAGUCACAGAUAAAUGCAUUGUUGAAAGCAAGUCAUAUGGGUAUAGUUGAAAUAAAUUGUAUUUGACAGUA